AAUUAUUAUCACAAAAAGGGCUUCUAGUUCUUCACUAUUUUACUCUCUCUAAAGUCUCUCAUAGCUAGAAGCUCAAAAUGGCAUGCAUAGGAGCCAGAAUUGUGGGUUUAGUCCUUGUUUUUGGCAUGGUCAUGAUGCCAAGCUUGGCCAAAGACUACACUGUUGGAGACACCUCUGGCUGGGCUACUGGUGUUGAUUACACCACUUGGACUAGUGACAAGACCUUCGCAGUCGGCGAUAACCUAGCGUUCAACUAUGGAAGUGGGCACACAGUGGAUGAAGUGAGUGGUAGUGACUACAAGUCUUGCACAACAGGCAACUCAAUCACUAGUGACAGCAGCGGUGCCACCACCAUUCCUCUCAAGACUGCUGGAACUCAUUACUUCAUUUGUGGCGUUGUUGGGCAUUGUGGGAUGGGCAUGAAGCUCUCUGUGACCGUUGGAUCAGGAUCACCCACCGAUGCGCCAGCUGGCAAUGGUGCAUCAACGCCGCCUUCCACAGACGGUAGCAACACCACGGUUGACACUCCGGCAGUGACCACACCCACAGCCACAUCCACUGGUCUAGGAACUAGUCUCUCUAGCUCUCCUAUUAUGGCUUUGAUGACUAUUGCUGGGGUUGUUUUGAGUGUGUUGGUGCUUUCAUAAGUUUGGUAGUGGAGGCUUAGUAGUCUUUGCCAGGACAGAGGCAGUGCUUUGUAAUUUCUUCUUUGUUUAAUUUGCAUUACUUUCUGAGUUUGUUUAAAUUCCAUUGAAUCAGAUGUAUGAGUAGGUUUCAGAUGUAACAAUGUUGGACCUAAUAUUUAUGGGACAUGAUCGAGAUUCAUAUC